AUGUAUGGUUUCAAGAUUGACUGUUGUCUUCAUGUCUGCAUUCUGAUUCUUUUCAUCACCACAAUAGACGCAUAUCCAAUCUCAUCAGAAGCUGUUAUGACAGUUGAAGAUGGUUUCGAAGUAGAGAAACCAAAUUUGCAUGCUCAUCAUCAUCAUCACAAGCAUCAUAUCCGUCACAAACACCGUCGUCGAAGUCUAACUUCAGAUGAGGAUCACACAAAAACACAACGAAAUAAGCAAGUGAUGCUGACAAAACCCUAUUGGCCAUGGCCGUAA